AGAAAUAUCAUAAUCAUGUCCAUUAAUACAAUCACAAAUUCUGGAUCAAGAGACUGUUGUAGCUACUUCAACAAUGGAACAACUUGCCUCAGAAUCAACAAUUUCCCACCCAUCAAACUUUUGAAAAAGAGUGAUGAAUUACCUCCACUUUCCAUAAACUUCAACACCAAAUACCAAAGUUUAAGUCACUCUACGCACAGAAUUGUACCUAUCUCGGGCAGCCUUCGACCCCAGGCUUCUUCAUCUUCGUCGUCUUCUUCUUCUUCACCGAGCCCUUCCUCCUCCUCCCCGUGGAAAAAAUGGUUAUGGGGAGUUCUACUAACCGUGAUCCUGCCUGCAGCUGGUCACAAGGGAGGGCUUCUGAUAGGGCUUAAAGGUAAAAUCGAUCAAGCUUUAGAAACGGUGGAACACGUGACGGAGAUGGUGGAGGAGAUGGCCGAGGAGGCGGAGAAGAUUGUGGAGGAGGUAGAGGAGAAGCUCCCCGGAGAUUCCAAGAUCAAAAAGGCACUCGAUUCAUUUGAAAAUCUUGCUAAAGUUGCUGUUAAGGAAGCCAAGAGAGCUGAAGACAUUAUUCACAAGGUAAAGGAUGUGGAAGAGGAGAUAGAGGGGGUUCUUAUGAAAGGUGGUAAAAAUCAAGACGACGACAAAAAGGUGUAAACCGUAAACCAAUUCAAAAAUAGCUCAUUCAUGGCAAUUAGAUGAUGGCAGUAUUUUUCUCAAUCUUUUCAUUCUUAUUUUUGCUAUAAAAUAUUUAAGAAAAUAAUAAAUAUCUUUUUUUUCUUAAAUAAGUUUCCAGUUACAAAGUAUUUCCUCUUUAAUUUAUUUUUACUACAUGAAUAUGUGAGUUUCAAUGUCCUAUGUAAUGUAAACUGCAAUGUUGUAUCGAACAUCAGAUAUGAUUGUUAUACUCAUUAUAUUGUUCUCAUAAA